AUGGUUUAUUUACCAGAAGAUCUGGUGGUGAAGGAAAUUCUUCCGAAACUGCCAAUAAAAUCUCUCAUGAGAUUCAAGUGCGUCUCAAAAACAUGGUUCGAUCACAUCGCCAACAGCUCUUCGCUUGCAUCAUCCUACCUUCGUCAUCAUUCCAAGACCACCAAUCUCUCCAUCAUUCUCGCAAGAGGAAUUGUUUACGAAAAUAAGUUGAGGAUAUUUGAGGUCCAUGAUGAAUCAAAGGUCGUGGAAUCAGAUGUACCAGACGUCAUGCAACACUUAGAAUUAAUCGAAAUCAUCGGAUCUUCUAAUGGUUUGGUCUGCCUUCAGCAUUAUUUGUUUGGUGAUGCCAUUAUGUUAUGGAAUCCAGAAACCAGAGAGUGUAGGAAUCUCCCAAAGGCACCCCUAUGCGUGACAAGUAGUACUUCCGUAGCCAAUUUGCAGCUCUCUCGACCAAGUGUUUUUGCUCUGGGAUUCGGAUUUGAUGAUCGCAGUGAGGAUUACAAGUUGGUUAGAAUUGUGCAAGAUAACGAGACCAAUCCAUGGAAAAGUGUAAUUAAUCAUGUCCAAGUAUUCACCACAAGUAGUGAUUCUUGGAGAGUUGUGAAACAGAUCUUAGGUUUUAGCUUUCACAAUACAGGACAAGCGGGAGUAUUGUUUAGUGGAGCUUUGUACUGGUUGGUGCAGAAAGAGGAUUUACGAGAUCGAUUUUGUUUCUUGUCGUUCGAUUUGCGCAAUGAGGAAAUGCGUAUCAUAAGUUUACCAGAUCAUGUUGUGCAGAUUAACAAUCGUUCCUUUCGACUUAUUAAGUGGAAGGAGUCGCUUGCUUUGCUUUCAUUCAUUUAUAAUUAUGAUGGGAGAGUAUGGAGUUUGUGCGAAAUUUUGGUGCUCAAGAGCAACGGUACUUUUGAUGAACAGAUUUGGAGUUGUCCUCAUUUUUGGCGUCUUGAACUGAAUUCUUUCUGUGGGGUUUGGGGAGAUGAUCGAUUUCUCAUUAUGAGAAGUGAUGAACAAAGUUUGUUCAUCGUUAACCCUUCAAGCCCUGAAGAAAAUUGUCAGAGAAUAAAGCACGUAUUUGAGCCCGGAUGGCGCUUUUGUGGUGAAGCUCAUGAUUAUGUGCCGAGUCUAACUUCAGUUUAUCCGAAUCGUAAAAAUGAAGAACUGAAGAAAAUCAAUGUGAGACCAACAUUUGAUAUCUAUCCAUUUAGGGAUGUUGAUGAUAUA